AUGACAUCGGAGGGCGCCAACUCAUCGAUCGAACCCGAGAUCGAUCGAGCAUUUCGAGCGCUCGAGAUCGAUCGAGCGGGAUCGAUCGAGCACAGAAAGAUCGAUCGAUCCCGAUCGAUUUUCGCUACCAAGAUCGAUCAUACUCGAUCGAGCGCUCACACUGGUCGCAUUGUCCGUGUGGAGUACACAGACGCUUCAAAUCAGUCUAUUCAAGUUGGGCACGCGUUGAACAGCUUGCGACAACCUGCUGCUUUCACCGAUGAUUUACGAUUUGCACAUGCUCGAUUGGACUUUGACCUCUCACAAGAAAAAAAGCAUUUGUUUAAACGGCUAUCUCACUCGCAUCUGAUCGAUCCUAAUCCGGAAUUCCGGGUCAGAAGAUUCGGAUCGCGAGAACAACACCUGUCUUCAUUGAGCGAAUGCGAUGAAGAAUCAGAUGUUGUUCCCAUGAUCCGCGCUUCCAGUUUGAUCCGAUCCAUCUGGAUCCAAGGCCGACUUGUCUACCCAGAAAAUCUAAAAGGAUGA